AACGCCAACUCACUUCCUGAAGUAACUGGGUUAUGAAAGCGUGGUUAAGUGUGUACUGAUGGUCCAAGAACAGGAGAUGGAAUCUACUUUUGUAGCAAAGAAGCAUAAAAAAGGAAAACACAAAAAACAUGAUCACGCGAUCGAGACAGGUCUAUCUUCAGAUACAGAGCCAAGUAGCAGUGCUUCAAACAAGGAGAAGGAUUUUCUCAAUCCAGAGGAAGAGAAAGUAGAGGAUACAAAGGAGGACCUCGACUCAUGGACUAGCAACGAAAGACUUACUCUGAUUGAGUCAAUUCGAUCACAAUGCCCAGAUAAUGAUUCUUUGUCCUAUAAAGUAAGAGAAAAGAAAAUAAGCUGGGAGAAAGUGACUGUCAGCAAUCACAGCGCGGAGCAAUGCCGAAGAAUGUGGCAAGAAUUGCAAAAGCAGGUUCGUAAGCAUAGAACCCUGCCAGACCUUUUACAUGAUGCAGAAACUGUUGUUCAUCAUCCACAUAAAAAAAAGAGGAAAAGGCAUCCGGAUCAGCCAGCAAAGCCACUGACUCCAUAUAUACUCUACAUAAAGGAGCACAGAGAAAAAGUUAAAGCAAAGAAUCCUGGAAUAACACUCCCAGAUAUUACCAGACUGUUGUCUCAGAAGUGGCAAAGUCUCUCACCCAGGAAACGGGAGAAGUAUCGUUUGCAGUACAAUAAGGAUCGAGAAGACUUUGUGAAAGCAAAUGAAGAGUUCUUACAAAACCAUCCAGCUAAAAAAACAAAACGUGAAGGGAAACCACCUGCCCUACCAUUCCCAUUUCAGUGUUUCUACGACGCAAAGAUUUCGAAGUAUAAACAGAAACACCCUAAUUUGAGCACCUCUCAGUUAUCUGCCAAAUUGCGUGCUAAGUAUUUAAAGCUGAAGCCCUCAAAAAAAAAGAAGUGGAUUAGUAAAGCCAUGGAAUCAAUACCAGAUUAUGAGAAGCAGCUUCAAGAAUAUCUUAUUACACACCCAGAGUUCAAGCCACCUUUGCGUAAGAUACGGUUGACAAAGGAAGAGAUGGUCAUCAGCAAGUGCUCACCAGAGAUGGAUGUAGAUGAAAUCACAAGACAGCUUAUGGAAGUUGCCCCCAAAGAUAGGAGGAAAAAGGCUAAAGUCAUAAAGACCUUUCCUGGUGCUCCAGAGAAACCUCCAAAGACAGCAUACACGCUUUUUAUCAAGAAAGAAAUUGGAAAGCUGACUGUUGGGUCUAUGACUGACAAAAUGACACAGCUGGGCAAAGAGUGGCAAAGUAUGGCAGAGCAAGAACGGAAAAAGUAUGAGAAAAAGCUUCAGAGAUUAAAGGAAGACUAUGAACUUCAAGUGCAAGAAUUUGAGAAGACACUGUCACCAGAGGAUCUAGCAAAAUUCAGGGAGACUCAGAAUAACAGUAGAAAGAAAAGAAAAACUGACUAACUGAAACUAAAAGCACUUUUCCUGUGUAAAUAAAUCACUGUUUGAAUGAGAAAAUUGAGAAUCUGACAAUAUUAAAAAUGUGUAAUUUUUU